AUGUGUUCAGAAGGAACAAGAUAUUUCUUUGACGUCUGGCAUAUUGGGAAAAGUGUACAGAAAGCACUGGAUGCUGCUGCAAAAGAGAGGGACUGUGAGGAUCUGAAGCUGUGGAGGCCAGCCAUUAUCAACCAUCUCUACUGGACCGCAGCUUCCACCCCUACAGGAGAUCCAGAUGAGAUGCAGGCAAAAUGGCAGAGUAUGAUAAAUCAUGUACAGGACAUACAUGAACACAGCACUCCUGCAUUUACCAGCUGCGCACAUCCACCGUUGGAAGGAGAGGCAAGAAACAAGGAGUGGCUGGAACCAGGAUCACCAGCAGCCACUAAACUGGAGAGUGUAGCUGCCAGGAAAGCACUGGUAAAGGAUAUUCGACAAUUGUCACCUCAGCAUCAGACAUUCUCCCUGGAGGCCUACCAUUCCCUCAUUCUGCACUUUGCUCCCAAACACACUGGCUUUUCUUUUCUUGGGAUGUACAGCAGACUUCUCUUGGCAGCCCUACAUUUCAAUAGUAAUGGCAACCGAGAUGUAGCGCGAACUAGUGAGGGUGAGGGACGCUAUGCUGUUCGCUACCCACGGUUUCGGAAAGGUGGCUGGGUAGUCCACCCCAUCAAGGAGAAACCAUCUUACGGAUACGCAACAAAUCUUAUGGUCUCUCUGGUAGAGGAAUACUGCAAGUCACCACAGGCCCUACAAGAAAGCAGUGCCGUCUUGUCCUCUGCUGCACCGCCCCCCCUCACCUCUUCCCUCCAGAAGGUUGCCAAGGAUGAGGCAGUCAGCCUCCAUCUCGCACGACACUCACGUUUUAACAUGUAAUA